CCGCGCCGGGCUCCGCCGCAGGUCAGCCGCAGGGACAGGGCACCGGGGAGGAAGGUCAUCGCAGGGCAGUGUCAGCCUCUGCUCUCAGCAAGAUUAGUCAAUACUCAUUUCCUGUCACCUUGCAAAAAGAAAAAAAAAACAAGGAAAAAAGACACUGCUACCUCUCAGCAAGUACACGAAACUUAAAUUGUAGUAGAAGCCACAGCAGCUGAAGGUGAUCCCUGGGUAGCAUGAAUAGCAUGAAUCAGAUAGAAACAAACAUGCAGUACACCUACAACUAUGAAGAGGAUGAGUACAUGACCCAAGAAGAAGAAUGGGACAGGGAUCUUCUCCUGGACCCAGCAUGGGAGAAACAGCAAAGGAAGACGUUUACAGCCUGGUGCAACUCCCACCUCAGGAAAGCAGGCACACAAAUUGAGAACAUUGAGGAGGACUUCAGAAAUGGCCUCAAACUGAUGCUCCUCUUGGAAGUUAUCUCAGGGGAAAGGCUACCGAAACCAGACAGAGGGAAGAUGCGCUUCCAUAAAAUUGCUAAUGUAAACAAAGCUCUGGAUUACAUCGCCAGCAAAGGAGUGAAACUUGUGUCAAUUGGUGCAGAAGAAAUCGUGGAUGGCAAUGUGAAAAUGACACUGGGUAUGAUCUGGACUAUCAUCCUUCGUUUUGCUAUUCAGGAUAUUUCAGUGGAAGAGACCUCUGCCAAAGAAGGGCUGCUGCUGUGGUGUCAAAGGAAAACUGCUCCUUACCGAAAUGUGAACAUUCAGAACUUCCAUCUUAGCUGGAAAGAUGGCCUUGGAUUAUGUGCACUUAUCCACAGACACCGACCUGAUCUUAUUGACUACUCCAAGCUAAAUAAGGAUGACCCCAUAGGGAAUAUCAACCUUGCCAUGGAAAUUGCUGAAAAGCAUUUGGAUAUUCCAAAGAUGCUGGAUGCAGAAGAUAUUGUGAACACUCCCAAACCUGAUGAGAGAGCUAUCAUGACAUAUGUGUCCUGCUUCUACCAUGCUUUUGCUGGAGCAGAGCAGGCUGAGACUGCGGCUAACCGGAUCUGUAAGGUGCUUGCUGUGAAUCAGGAAAAUGAAAGGUUGAUGGAAGAGUAUGAGAGACUAGCAAGUGAGCUUUUAGAAUGGAUUCGCCGGACAAUUCCUUGGCUGGAAAACAGGACCCCAGAAAAAACAAUGCAGGCUAUGCAGAAGAAAUUAGAGGACUUCCGGGACUACCGCCGCAAGCACAAACCUCCCAAAGUCCAGGAGAAAUGUCAGCUGGAGAUCAACUUCAACACCCUGCAGACAAAACUGAGAAUCAGCAAUCGGCCAGCUUUCAUGCCAUCAGAGGGGAAAAUGGUUUCAGAUAUUGCUGGUGCUUGGCAGAGACUUGAACAAGCUGAGAAAGGCUAUGAAGAGUGGCUGCUGAAUGAAAUACGACGACUGGAAAGACUUGAACACUUGGCUGAGAAAUUUAGGCAGAAGGCUUCCACUCAUGAACAGUGGGCAUAUGGCAAAGAGCAGACCUUGCUUCAGAAGGAUUAUGAGUCUGCCUCUCUGACAGAAGUCCGUGCCAUGUUAAGGAAACAUGAAGCUUUUGAGAGCGAUUUGGCUGCUCACCAGGACAGGGUGGAACAGAUUGCUGCCAUUGCCCAGGAGCUGAAUGAACUGGACUACCACGAUGCUGCAAGUGUCAAUGAUAGAUGUCAAAAGAUAUGUGACCAAUGGGACAGUCUGGGAACACUCACUCAGAAAAGGAGAGAGGCACUGGAGAGGACAGAGAAACUGCUUGAAACAAUUGAUCAGCUUCACCUGGAGUUUGCCAAAAGAGCUGCUCCUUUCAACAACUGGAUGGAAGGUGCUAUGGAAGACCUACAGGACAUGUUUAUUGUCCAUAGCAUAGAGGAAAUUCAGAGUUUAAUCUCUGCACAUGAUCAAUUUAAAGCUACUUUGCCAGAGGCAGAUGGUGAACGACAGGCCAUACUGUCAAUCCAGAACGAAGUUGAAAAAGUCAUCCAGAGUUACAGCAUGAGAAUAAGUGCAACCAAUCCUUACAGCACUGUUACAGUGGAAGAGAUUCGUAGCAAGUGGGAAAAGGUGAAGCAGCUGGUGCCUCAGAGGGAUCAGUCCUUGCAGGAGGAAUUAGCCCGCCAGCACGCCAACGAGCGCCUGCGCCGCCAGUUUGCUGCUCAGGCCAAUGUCAUCGGGCCAUGGAUCCAGACCAAGAUGGAGGAAAUUGCCCGCAGUUCUAUUGAAAUGACAGGGCCUUUGGAGGACCAGAUGAAUCAGCUGAAGCAAUAUGAGCACAAUAUCAUUAAUUAUAAACACAAUAUUGACAAACUGGAAGGAGAUCAUCAGCUUAUACAAGAAGCCCUGGUAUUUGACAACAAGCACACCAACUAUACCAUGGAGCACAUCCGUGUUGGAUGGGAGCUCCUGCUAACCACCAUUGCUCGAACUAUCAAUGAGGUUGAGACUCAGAUCCUCACAAGAGAUGCCAAGGGUAUCACCCAGGAACAAAUGAAUGACUUCAGAGCAUCGUUCAAUCACUUUGACAGGAGGAAGAAUGGAUUGAUGGACCAUGAUGAUUUCAGAGCUUGCUUAAUUUCAAUGGGUUAUGAUUUGGGUGAAGCUGAGUUUGCCCGAAUCAUGUCUCUGGUUGACCCUAAUGGGCAAGGAACAGUCACUUUCCAAUCUUUCAUUGACUUCAUGACCAGAGAAACGGCAGACACAGACACGGCUGAGCAAGUGAUAGCUUCCUUCAGAAUCCUGGCUUCAGAUAAGCCUUAUAUCCUGGCAGAUGAGCUGCGUCGAGAGCUGCCUCCUGAGCAGGCUCAGUACUGCAUCAAGAGAAUGCCUCCAUACACCGGCCCAGGCUCGGUUCCUGGGGCUCUGGAUUACACCUCCUUUUCAUCAGCACUGUAUGGAGAGAGUGACCUCUGAUGAAUACUGUAAUUGGCUGUAUUCAUGGUAGACACUAAAAAUACCCACCUUAUUGCCCAGAUUGCUUCUCAAAAGCUUUGACAAGCUGAUUUAAAAACAAAUUUUACAAAUACAGUAGUUGUACUGUCAGUGUAAAGCGCUAGUAAGUGAAGUAACCGGUGUAUAUUAAAGUGUGCAGCACGCUAGAUACCUGCCUUGUUGGUUUUAGGUUGUCUGUCCUAUGCAAUGCUAGAAAAUCUAUUAAAAAUUGCAAGAUAUUAACUUUGGAAAUAUACAUUCAGAAACCAGAAUGUAAAACCUAAAAACAUUGAAAUUUGCAAAAUAUUUCUCCAUUUUCAAAAUGUUUCAAUGCCAUAUGCGCUUCUUUUACAAUGUUCAUAAAACUAUGUUAGAAGUGUUGCUUUUUUUCUUUCAUAGAGCAAUAUUACUUUCCUCUCAUGAUUUCUGAUUUUGUAUGCUUCUAUUAGUGGAAUUUAAUAAAAUACUAAAAUGCAGAUUUUCAGGGAAGAAAUAUAACAACCAGAUAAACUACUUAAUUACAAAAAUAACCCAGAAUGCUAUGCUUUUGUCUCAAAGAGUUGUAAUAUAAGGGGGAAAAGCUGAUUAAAGUGCAGUUUUAGAGUUCUGUAAGCAGCUCUUUUCUUUUAGGCCUUUAACUUUUACAGCUGAGGGAAUACAACUUUUAUAAUCAAAAAUAAUAAGGAAGCUAAUUUCAUGUGAACUGUUUUGUUAUGAAACCCUCAUUCUCGUCUAUGUUGGACAGUCUUUGUUUCUCAGUAUAAGAAUGCAUUAUUGUAUGUCUUAGUGGGCAACAUUCAUCUCCCUCCUGCAUAAAGCAAACUCCUAUCUGAGCAAAUGUAGGAUGGUUGUCUUGCAGCUUUAACUGUUCAGUGCUCAAAAUUCAGUUUGUCUUGACUUCUGUGUUGCAGGCAGUUCUGUCUGUACCCUGCUCCUGUGCGCUAGAUGUUUACUGUUUUUUUCCAUCUUGAGAAAUGACAGAGAAUAAAAGCAGUAACUUUUUUACUUGAAUCCUACUGACACUGAGGAUAUGCAAUGUAAUCAAACAAAGCCAUUUACAAAUGGUGAAGCGAGCUGUGCAGCCCAGUGCUAUUAAAGCAAUGAUGUGCCUAAUAAAUAAAGUCUGCUUUUCAAAACCUUA